AUGAUAAUUAGAAUGAUAAUAUUGAUUAUAGCUGCAACUAUUAUGGUCCAUUUGACUACAGCUCAAGUACCAUAUUUAAAUUGUAUUAGAACCACAUUGACUGCUGCAAUCUGUCUCGAGAACUUUGCUUCACAAAUUGUCGAAAGACACAACAAGCCAGAGGUUGAAGUCAAGACCAACAAAGAACUUCUUUUGAAUCCAAUCGUCAUUGCUCGUAAUAAACAAGAAAAAGUUUUAAUCGAAUCAUCUAUCAACUCUGUACGUAUCAGUGUUUCCAUCAAGAAGUCCGAUGAAGUUGAAGUCAUUCUUGCCAAGAAAUUCGUUCGUUUCCUCGUUCAAAGAGCUGAGAACUUUAUCAUUUUGAGAAGAAAGCCAGUCGAGGGAUAUGAUAUUAGCUUUUUGGUAACCAACUUCCACACUGAAUCUAUGUUCAAGCACAAGCUCGUAGAUUUUAUCAUUCAAUUCUUGGAAGACAUCGACAGAGAAGUCAGUGACUUGAAGAUCACACUCAACUCCAGAGCAAGAAUUGUUGCCUCCGAGUACUUGAAAGAAUAUGCUUAA